AUGUCAACACCAAUUAGAUUAUAUACCCAAGCUACUCCAAAUGGACUUAAAGUUUCCAUUCUUUUGGAAUUGUUAGGACUUAAGUACGAUGUGACACCUAUUGAUUUUUCCAAAAAUGAACAAAAGGAGGAUUGGUACCUUAAGCUUAAUCCAAAUGGUAGAAUUCCAACAAUUGUCGAUACUUCAACAAACACCAUUCUUGCAGAGACGGCUGCAAUUAUGCAAUACCUCGUAGAUACAUAUGAUAAAGAAAACAAAUUUUCCUACAAGAUUGGAACACCAUUGUACUACAAGCAAUUGGAAGUAUUAUACUUCCAAAUGGCAGGUGUAGGUCCAAUGCAAGGACAGAUGGGACAUUUCAAGAGGGCCGCACCAGAAAAAAUUCCAUACGCUAUUGAAAGAUAUGAGAAUGAAACUAAAAGAUUAUAUUCGGUUGUUGAGGAAUACUUGAAUCGUAACAAGGCUAAUGGACCAUUUUUAGUUGGUGACCAUUUAAGCAUUGCUGACAUUGCCGUGUUCACCUGGGCAAACUUCUUGGAAAGAGGUGGUAUAGAUAUUAAGCCAUGGCCAUUGUUGGAAAACUGGAUUGAAAGUAUUGCAAAAUUACCAGCAGUUCAGGUUGGGUUAAACGUACCAAAGAGAGAUUAG